UACACCUGACCAAAGGCAAAACAACGUAAGCAUUAGUAACGAACCGGCUACCUCAAAACAAAAAACCGUAAUCAUUUGAAAAAAGACUGUGUUUUGAAAUAAAACCAAAUAAUGAAUUCAAUAAAUACGUUAAUUAAACCUUUAAUUACAAUAAUAGUAUUAAUUAAUCAAAUACAUUCCGAACCAAUUGCAUCAGUGUCCUUAAAUGAAUUAACAUUCGAUAAAUUAAUAAAUAAAUUUCCCGUAUCGUUAGUUAAAUUUGACGUGGCAUUUCCAUACGGCGAAAAAUAUGAUAUUUUUAAAAAUUUGGCCAGAGAUUUAGUUGGGAGUUCCGAUUUAAUGUUAGCUGAAGUUGGUGUUAAAGAUUAUGGUGACAAAGAAAAUGAAAUUUUAGCUGACCGAUACAAAGUGGAUAAAUCGAAUUUUCCAGUAUUAAAAUUAUUUGUACGUGGUAAAAAUCAACCAAUUGAUUUCCCGGAUUCAAAAGAAUUUACGGCGGAGAAUAUUAAACAAUUUAUUCGAGAAAAUGCACCGAAAUUAUAUAUGGGACUACCAGGAUGUUUGGAGAUGUUUGAUAAAAUAGCACGAAAAUAUGUUAGCAAACCACAUGAUAAACGAUUAGAGCUUUUAGGAGAAGCGGAAUUUUAUUUGGAAGAUUUGGUAGGAGAAGAGGAUAAACGACGAGGUAAAAUUUACAUUCGUACAAUGGAAAAAAUCAACGAAAAAGGUGAUCGAUUCCCCGAAAAUGAAAAAUUACGCGUAGAAAAUAUUUUACGAUCAACAAAAAGUUUGACAGCCGAAAAACGUAGAGAAAUGGAAGAACGUUUAAAUAUUAUACGUUCAUUUAUCGAUAUUGUUGAAUACCCGGAUUCUGAUCGAGUUGGGUUCACACCAGAAGUAAAAGGAGAACUGUAAAAAUUUUGUAAAAUUUGUGAUAAUUUUUGUGUUCAUACUUAUUAUAAA